AGAGCAACCGUCGCCGUCAUAUAAAAAUUGCUAUAAUACAGCCAUCAGCCUCAGUCUGCGGCUCAUUUACUGUCCGUCGCGCUCAAUUGGCUGUUAUAACAGAAAACUACAACUAAUCAAGCAGUAUUAAAAGUAUUCAAUAGAAAACAUUUCAAUGCCAAAGAACGCAUCCCCAAGCUGGCGAUAAGCAACAAUUGUGUAACGCCUCCGCGCCCCACCUCGCCGUAAUUAAUACAGCAGCUGAGAGAUAUAAACAAAUCAUAAUAAUGUUUUGAAGUUUUGUUUUGGUUUUGUUUUGUUUUGUUAUUUGUCAACACUUGUCAACCAAAUUAGAGUUAAAACAUAAAGAAAACGCGCAAGGGAAAUGAGCAUCGGUGCGCAGAGCUAAAACCAAGAACGUGGCACUUUACAGUCAAGUAAAAAUAAAAGGGGCGGACGCCGCCUCUGCAUGCCAAUAUCGUGUCGUCUGCUUGGAAAAAUAAUUAAGAAAACUAGUUUUUUCCCCUAGACCACCGACAUUGCAGCGAGAUAACGCGCUUACACGUACAUAAAUUAUAUAUGGUCGCUGAGCAACAACAAAUCUUGAAGUAAAGCAGCUAAAUAAAAUAGACGCGAAAAGAUGAUACCUGGCUAUGGACCGGUGACGCAAGCCCUUCUGGGCACCCUGCUCACCUGGGGCUUGACGGCCGCUGGCGCAGCGUUGGUCAUAUUUGUGCGCGGCACCCAGCGACGAUCCUUGGAUGCAGCGCUGGGAUUUGCGGCCGGCGUAAUGAUUGCUGCCUCGUUCUGGUCGCUACUUGGGCCGGCCAUUCAUUUGGCCGAGCAAUCGCAUUUGUAUGGCGUCUACUCAUUUCUGCCCGUGGCCGGUGGGUUCCUGCUUGGCUCGAUCUUUGUGUACGGCUGUGACAAGCUGAUGUCGUACCUGGGUCUGAAUAGCACCAACAUGAUGAUACAAAUGACACAGAACAACAAGGAUAAGGCGAACAUUGCAAUUGAUGAGCUUAAGCGCAAUGGCGCCAGUGCCCGUCAUGCCUCUAAGAGUCUGGACAGUUUCUCCGAUUGUCUGAGUGUCCAGCACAGCGGAGAGUCGCGACGUCGCAAGAAAGGAAGCAUUAGUGAGGUGGAGCAGUGCACUUAUACGGCUGAUACGACGCUCGAACAGCAGCGGACACAGGAGGCGCUCGCCCAAUGGAAACAUGUCAUGUUGCUGGUAGUGGCCAUCACCGUGCACAAUAUACCGGAAGGAUUGGCGGUGGGUGUCAGUUUCGGUGCUGUGGGCACCACAAACAGCUCGACGUUCGAGAGCGCCCGCAAUCUGGCCAUUGGCAUUGGCAUACAAAAUUUCCCCGAGGGAUUGGCCGUUAGUUUGCCGUUGCAUGCAGCAGGAUUUAGUGUAGGGCGCGCCCUCUGGUAUGGCCAGCUUUCGGGCAUGGUGGAGCCGAUCUUUGGCGUUUUGGGUGCCGUUGCGGUUACGUUUGCUAAUCUCAUAUUGCCUUAUGCGCUGUCGUUUGCGGCAGGCGCCAUGAUUUAUAUUGUGGCCGAUGAUAUAUUGCCGGAGGCGCAUGCCAGUGGCAAUGGCACAAUUGCCACAUGGGGCACCAUCUCUGGAUUCUUGAUAAUGAUGUGCCUUGAGGUUGCCCUCUCCUGAUCUGACCUCUCAACAACAACAAACAACCCCCACCCACAUGUUCCUAUGCGUGAUAUAAAUAUGCAUUCCAGACGGACAGCAAAGGACUCCAUCAAUCAUUACUAAGUAAAUUUUAAAAUUCUCACGUACUUAUUGCGCAUUUCUUGUGUGUAAAUAGCAAACAGCAUGCAAAUUUAACUGUCAUGCAGUAUCUGAAUAUAUGUGGACUUGAUACAAUCUCAGAAAAAACGUUGCACAGCGCGUUUAACGCCCGCCCCAAAUAGAAGAAGAGAGAUAUGAAAAAUACCCAACAAUUUUAACAAAGUAUUUUUUGCAUAUAAAUAGGCUACUUGCAAUAUUCUAUUUUUCCAGCGAGUUAUGUAAAUGACACGGGAGAAGAGAAUCUGCUGCGGUAAACAGACGUGCAUGUGAAAUAGGUUUUAAGUUGUCAGCUGUGUCUCUGCGUUGAUCAGCGUGUCUCUUUUAAAACUGUCGUAAUAUUUAAGUAAUAAAACAUAAUGUCUGUACAUAAUAGUACAAAAUGUAUAAAGAAGAAA